CAAAUACAUAUAUACGUAGAUAUCGUGUGUGCGUCUGGAUUUUGCUGUAUUUUUUAUUUAAGAAUGAAUUAUUAAUAAACAAUUAAUAAAUUAUUAUUAAAUAAAAAACAGCACAAAACCAUCAACAAACCAUACACAAAGUCUAUUAAUCACGUUAAAUAUGGAACCAAAAAGCUACCAUGCCCACGAACACCACCACCACCAGCAGCAGCAACAGCAACAACAACAGCAACAUCAACAACAGCAACAGCAUCAACACCAGCAUCAACAGCAUCAGCAACAUUUGUACGAACAGCAGAUGCAUUUGCAACACCUCCAUCAGCAACAGCAGCUACAGCAGGAGCAACAGCAGCAGAUGCCCAUGCAAGCGGGCUUUGCGCCGCGUCGUCAAUAUGACAACAUGGGCAAUUCGCCUGCUGCCAUUGCGGCUGCCUGUUUGUCCAAUGGGGCUGCUGGCGGUGGCAGCAAUUCGAUGGGCAAGCCGGCGGCAAUGCAACAGCGUCCGAAAAUGAAAAAGGAGAAACAGCUGCAGGCGCUGCAUCAGCAUCAGCAACAGCAACAUCUGUCGGAGCUGAGCGGCACAAGCAGCACCGGUAUGCUGCCGACUGAGGAGACGAUGAAGUUUGUUAACGACACGGAUGCCAAUGGGCUAGCCAUGAAGACGCCCGUUAGCAUACUGCAGGAGCUGCUAAGCCGGCGCGGCAUCACGCCGGGCUACGAGCUGGUCCAGAUCGAGGGGGCCAUACACGAGCCAACGUUUCGGUUUCGGGUCUCGUUCAAGGACAAGGACACACCCUUCACAGCCAUGGGCGCCGGCCGCUCCAAAAAGGAGGCCAAGCACGCGGCCGCUCGCGCCCUGAUUGAUAAGCUCAUCGGCGUACAGCUCGAGACACAGGGCAAUUCAGCAGCCGCUGCAGCAGCCGCUGUUGGUUGCUCUAUGGCGGGCAGUGGGGGCGAUGGCAAUGCCAAUCUCACUGGCAGUGGCGAUGGCGGCGACAAGAUUGUGGGUAAUCCCAUUGGCUGGCUGCAGGAGAUGUGCAUGCAGCGUCGCUGGCCGCCGCCAUCAUAUGAGACAGAGACAGAGGUCGGCCUACCGCACGAGCGACUAUUCACGAUCGCUUGCACCAUACUGAACUACCAUGAGGUUGGCAAGGGCAAGAGCAAGAAGAUAGCGAAGCGCCUGGCCGCCCACAAGAUGUGGACGCGCCUGCAGGAGACGCCCAUCGAUGCGGCCAAGAUCAAUGAGAGCAUCUGCGGCGAACUGGAGGGCGAUGCCCGCAUUAACGAUCAAUAUUAUGGUGAUUUGAAAGAUAUCACUGUGCCGACACUGACCACGCUGCACAGCAAUAAAGUGUCCCAGUUCCAUAAGACAUUGAAAAAUGCGACGGGCAAAAAACUGCUUAAAUUACAGAAGACUUGCCUGAAGAGCUCAAAGAUUGACUACAUCAAGCUGCUUUCAGAUAUUGCUGCCGAGAACCAGUUCGAGGUAACCUAUGUGGAUAUUGAGGAGAGGACUUUUAGCAGCCAGUUUCAGUGCCUGGUGCAGUUGUCCACGUUGCCAGUCGGCGUCUGCCAUGGCACUGGAUCAACGGCUUCGGAGGCACAGCGACAUGCCGCUCAGAAUGCCCUGGAGUACCUUAAGAUAAUGACCAAAAAGUAGGCGACAGUAACUGAAGUAGCAAAAUCUGAACGCACAUAACCACAGACGAAUACGAUGAUGAUGAUGGUGAUCUUGAAAAUUGCAUAUGUCCUUAGAGUCCCGAUCCCGACCCCGUCCCCCUAUUUUCUGUUAACCAUGGUUUAAGGCAACUAGAACAUUCAACAUUGUAUUUAAUAUUUAUUGGAAUUGAUUGUUUUGAGCUUAGUUCCGAUGUGAGUUUAUAGCUAAUCUGUACUAUUCGCAAAUCGUAGAUAUUAAAUACCUUGAUACGAAUCAUCCACAA